AUGCCUCUUAGCUACGAUCCUGAAUAUCACAAGGCCACAGUCGAGUUCUUCGCGACUAGAUCGGAUCCCAAAGCUGCAGUUCACGAUGUUGCAACUCGGAGAAGUAACAUCACGGCCAACUAUAAAGCCAUGUUUGACAAGCUGCCUUUGGCGCCCGACGUGGAACAUAGCAUUUACCCCGUGAAAUCGUACGACGGCUAUACCAUCCAAGUACAUCGGUUCUUCAAGAAGACGUCGACUCCAGCAGCUGCUGGUCCAGCCGUGCUACACACCCAUGGAGGCGGUACUAUACAAGGCGAUGUCGCCUUGUUCGUCAAGCCUCUUUCCAUCCAAGUCCAACAGACCGGAGUUCAGGUCUUCUCGGUAGAGUACCGAUUGGCGCCUGAGAACCCUCAUCCAACGCCAGUGGAGGAUUGCUACGCCGGACUCACCUGGCUGUACGAACAUGCUGACGAGUUUUCCGUGGACCGCAGCCGCAUAGCCACGAUGGGCGAGAGCGCGGGGGGACUGCUUGCGGCGGGAAUCACUCUGAUGGCCCGCGAUCGAGGAUUGGCGCCUCCGAUCGCCAAGCAGAUCCUCAUUUACCCCAUGCUGGAUGACCGUAACACGGUGCCCAAUCCUGAACUGGAACCUUUCGCUCUGUGGGACUGUAAUGAUAACAUCACUGCCUGGACUGCGCUUCUGGGGACCGACGUUGGCAAGGACCGUGUCUCACAGUAUGCUGCGCCCGCGCGCGCAGUGAGCAUGCAAGGCCUGCCGCCCACGUACAUUGAUGUCGGCGAACUGGAUAUCUUUCGAGACGAAGAUAUUGCCUACGCGGCCAGAAUAGCAUCCGCCAACAUCAGUGUAGAACUACACGUAUACCCUGGCUUACCUCAUGCCUUUGAGAUCUAUGCGCCGCACAUUGAGGCAACAAAACGGGCUACUGCAGAUCGAUUCAGAGCUGUCCAGACCGUUUAG